UCCCUGCGGCCUGAGCUCUGUCAGGCAGCGACAUUCAACGCUUCGCCAAGCGAAUUUUUGGAGAGAUUGACUCUCCAAAAAGUCAGUCUUACAGUUUGCCGAAAGGCAAAGACUGACCGGGCUCUUCACCAACUGAGCCCUUGCAGAGAAUUGUCUUUGAAGAUCACUCGUGUCCUUUACUGGAAGGCAAAAGUACUGUAUCUGGUUCUGAGACCUUCACUGCAGUAAAGAUUCUCCCUCCCUGGACUUGGUCCAGGGAGGGGGAACACAGUUGAUGCAGAGUCUAGAGGUGAGCUGAGACACUGCCACAACUUAUCCACCUACAACAUCCUUCAGAAUGGAUCCCGGAUUCCCGAGGAGAGCGGUGCUGGCUCGUCCUCAAAGGCCGAAAGAGCCUGAGAAGCCCAAGCCUUUCACCAUUUUUGGCAUCAGGAACAUAGGUCUCAGGUUCAGGAAGAAGCCGGACAGCCCUCAGGAGACAAAGUUGCCCAAGAUUCUCCAGCACCGAGGCACAAGUGAGAACUCCAAACGCAAGUUCUCAUCACGUGACCAGAACCAGACCUUGCUUGAGCCAUACCCAUCCGAGCUUGUGUUUCAGAAUUAUCCCCUGGGCAAGGUCUGUGAAAUGCCCUUGCUUCUGAGGAAUAGAGGCAAGGUUACUCGGCUGGUGAGGGUCACCAUGGACAGCUCACCUUAUUUCAAGUUGGUCGGCCCCAAUGGUGUGUGCCAUCAGAUCCCAGCAGGCUCAUUUUGCACUAUAAAGAUCCUUUUCAUCCCUGAGGGGAGCAAGUCUCUUUUCCUGCAAGACCAUUUCCACGAGCUUGUCUGCAUCUGCGAAAGGGAAAAGUUCACUGUACCAAUCCGGGCCAUUGGUGCCCGCCCAAUCUUGGACUUCCCCGACCAGCUGGACUUCUCAUCGUGUCCAGUCAACCACAGCACCCAGAAGACUCUGCUGGUUCGCAACACCGGGAACCUGGAAGCCUCUUACAGCCUCAGCACUGAGAGCCCUUUCACUGUCAGUCCAGCCACGGGAACCCUCGACAUUGGUGAAGCCAUGCAAGUGACAGUGGAAUAUCACCCAAGGGAGAUUGGGCAUCAUUCCACAUCCCUGGCAGUGCACUGCGACAUAGUUGAUGAAGAUACCCACACCAGGCUUCAUGGAAAAGCUAAGGACUUCGACAUCGGGCUGGAGAAGUACUCUUUGGAAUUUGACAAGACUUAUCUCACGCUGUCAAGCCAAAGAACCAUGCUCAUCCACAACAGAACUAACAUCACAGCCCGGUUCCAGUGGAAGGCUUUUGCUACUGAGGCAGAGGAGCAUCCACAGAAGAUCAGGCUGUCUCUCAAUCUGUCUCGGCCGCCCCUGGAGACAGCGAGGCUCUCCGUAGAGAAGCGCUAUGAGUUGGAGGAGGAGACAGCAAAGAUUGAAGCAGACCCCAUGCUGUUCUCAGAUGAUGUUUUCACCAUUGAGCCCUUGGAGGGAGAGGUUGGGCCACACUGCUCAGCUGAGAUCAAGGUGUUCUUUAACCCCCGAGUUGCCCAAGUCUAUAGAAAAGUGGCCUACUGUUUGAUCUCAGGCCGUGAGAGCAGGCUGCCCCUGUGCCUCACAGGGGAAGGCCUCGGGCCCUGCCUCCGUUUCAAGUUUGCGGAACUGGACAUGGGGAAAGUUUUGGUUGGAGAAGCCUACAGCUAUGAGGCAAUGCUGGUUAACACAGGAGCUAUCAAUGCUCCCUUCCGGCUCAUCCCUCCAACCACAGUCCACGGCUCCUGCUUCACCUUUCAGCCCCAGCAGGGCAUCAUUCCACGCAAUGGGAUCCUGCCCAUCCAGAUCUUCUUCAGUUCCAGCACCCUGGGGGAGUUCGAGGAAGAGUUCCAUUUCAAUGUGGCUGAAUGCCCUAAGCCUGUGACCUUGUCUAUCAGGGGUCACGUCACCGGACUGAGCCUGCAUUUCAGCACAGCUGGCCUUGACUUCAAUGACGUGUCCUUUGGCUUUCCUCAGACCUUGUCGUGCCACCUGAUCAACACCUCUGUGGUGCCCAUCACCUUCCAUCUUCGCAUUCCUGAGGACGGCCAGGGACAGCCCAGCCUUACCAGCUUUGACCAAGUGAAAGACAACACUCACUCCUCCUGGGAAAAAGGCACACUGGCUCCAUGUCAGGAGAAGCCAAUGGAAUUCACUAUAACACCCAGCACAGGGACUAUCCCUGCCCAGGGAUUCCAAGAGAUCAGG